CUGAGCCAUGUGAUAGCACAUUGCUAACUGGUUUAGUGUCAGUUCCUCUUAUGAAUCGGUUUAGCUUCUUUAUCUGGCACUAAUCGGGUUUAUCUAAUCUUCCUUUUCAUAUCCACGGAUCUGUGUGUGUAAACUGUCGUUGUCCAUUUAGGAAAGAAAAUGGCAACGAUUCCAGUUCCUGAGAACGUGAGCGUUCUUCUGUUGGACAUUGAAGGCACCACGACUCCUAUCACGUUUGUAAAGGAUGUUUUAUUUCCAUACAUCAAAGAGAACUUGGAAGAGUACCUGGGUGCACACUGGGAGGAGGAUGAGUGCAAACAGGAUGUACAGCUCCUGAAGAAACAGACUGAGGAAGACUUAAAGCAGAAUAGAGCAUGCCCAGUUCAUGCCGUAGACCAGACGGUCCACACGGAUGAAGAGAAGGCAAUCCGAGAGGUGGUGGAUAGUGUCCUGUGGCAGAUGGCUGCAGACAGAAAGACCACUGCUCUCAAGCAGCUGCAAGGCCACAUGUGGAGAGCAGCCUACGUUUCAGGGAAGAUUAAAGGCGAAGUGUAUCAGGAUGUGGUUCCUGCUAUAAGAAGAUGGAGGCAAUAUGGUCUUAAAGUCUACAUUUAUUCUUCAGGAAGUAUAGAAGCCCAGAAGCUACUCUUUGGCUAUUCAGUUGAAGGAGAUCUAUUAGAUCUAUUUGACGGUCAUUUUGACACCAACAUCGGUGCCAAAGUGGAGAGUAAAAGUUAUGAAAAGAUUGCAGAGAGGAUUGGCUGCUCCCCAGAAGACAUCAUGUUUUUAACGGAUGUCACACGAGAAGCAAAAGCAGCAGAAGAUGCUGGGCUGAAUGUGACCGUGGUCGUGCGACCAGGCAACAUGGAGCUCACCGAAGAGGAGAGGAACCAUUAUAGGACCCUCACAACGUUUAGCCAACUGGAACUUCCCAGAAGUGCUUAACAGACAAGGACAGAACAGUGUCGGCACGUCUCAAGUGGACUUUACUGAACGUGGGCUGACACUGAAUCACAAAGUUGUAGCUUGUUACUUGUGGGAGGGGAAAGAUGUUAUGCAGCAAGUGCAUUAUAGUUGUACCUAAUUAAAACUCCAGGUGCUUGCAUAUGUUUGGUUUUUUUUUUUUUUUAAACAAAACACAAUGAAGUUGGUUUAUAAUCUUGUCAUUCUACUUGAAUGUUUAUUAUUAUGCUGUAGAAUACUGGUGUUAGUAAGUUAUGAAUUAAUUUUCACUGUAAUUGUACAUCUUCCUCCAUCUAGUAAACGUAUGUUAUGCUCUGA